AUGUCUACCAGAAAGUUGAAAGUCGGCUGCGCAGGCCUGGGUCGCAUGGGCAAACGCCAUGCCCUAAACUUUCUCCAACGGACCCCCCGGGCCGAGCUGGUUGCUGCCAGCUCCCCGGAUGAUAUAGAGCUGGAGUGGGCCAGGGUUCACCUGGCCCCGUACGGCGUGAAGCUCUACAAGAACUACGAUGACAUGCUCAAACACGAAGGUUUGGAGGCCGUAGUCGUGGCCUCUGCCACGGCUGUGCAUCCGGAGCAAGCAAUCAAAGCAAUGGACGCCAAUAAGCAUGUCCUCUGCGAGAAGCCAUUGUCUACCAGCGUUGAACUCUCUCAAGCCGUCCUUGACGCAGCCAACAGGAAGCCCGAGCUCAAGGUGAUGUGCGGGUUCUCCCGCCGCUUCGACGCCUCCUACCGCGAUGCCUACACCAAGAUGUCGGCGGGCACCAUCGGCGCACCGGCCGUGAUACGCAGCCAGACAUGCGACAAGCUCGACCCGUCCGGCUUCUUUGUCGCCUACGCCGAGUUCUCCGGCGGCAUUUUCGUCGACUGCUCGAUCCACGACAUCGACCUGGCGCUGUGGUUCCUCGGCCAGGACAGCAAGGUCAAGUCCGUCACCGCCGUGGGCAUCACGGCCGUCGAGCCGGACCUGCGCAAGCACAACGACCGCGACAACGCCGUCGGCGUCGUCGAGUUCCACAACGGCACGAUCGUCUACCUCUACGCGUCGCGCAUGAUGGCCGCCGGCCAGGAGGAUACCACCGAGAUCAUCGGCCCCCAGGGCAAGCUGAGCAUCAACACCCAGCCGGCCAUGAACCUGGUCAACGUCUCCGACAGCUCGGGCGUGCGCCGCGAGAUUCCCCAGACCUACUACGACCGGUUCGAGCAUGCGUUCGUCACGGAGGCGAACGAGUUCACCGCCUCGUGCCUGGAUAACACGGAUGUCCCGCUGAAGCUGGAGGGCGCGGUGCAGGCUGUCCAGAUCGGAAGCGCGCUCCAGGAGUCCAUGAUUACCGAGCAGAAGAUCUUUUUCGACGCAGAGGGCAACCGUAUCAACAAGUCGAAGCUAUAG